AUGAGUCUAAACCUCAUCUGGUUCUGGACAGUACUCACUUUUCUGUUUCUGUUUCUGCUAAUGACCAAUUCAGAAUCAGAAAAUGUCAGAAAAGCCCUUGUCACCUUCAUGCAUAAACUUGAACCACCUCAUCAGGAUUCCACAUGGGGUUGGAACCUCACAUCAGAUCCUUGCACUCAUAACUGGCACGGCGUAGCUUGCUACACAAACAACCAAUACAUUAAAAGCAUAGUUCUUGAAAAACUUAACUUCACCGGUGUUCUAGACGCGACUUCUCUUUGCAUUGCUAGCAAUCUUCAAUUCCUCAGCCUCAACAACAAUUACUUACAUGGUUUUAUACCAGAGGAUAUAAAAAACUGCAAGUUCUUGACACACUUGCUUCUUAGUGGUAACAAAUUCUCUGGCAAUCUUCCUCUUUCCAUUCCUCAACUACGGAACCUGAAGCGCCUUCAUGUUUCCGACAAUCACUUCAUCGGAAAUCUUCCGAAUAUGGUUAAUGUUACAAGCUUGAUAUCCUUUCUAGCUCAAAACAACGCCUUCACUGGUCAGAUUCCUGAUUUUGAUUUCUCAAACUUUGAAGCUUUUGAUGUCUCUAACAACAAUUUGAGCGGUCCUGUUCCUGAUGUUAAAGGUAUAUUUAGUGCAGAUAGUUUUUAUGGUAAUCAUAAUUUAUGUGGAAAACCAAUUUCAAACUCUUCAUGUCCACCACCACCUCCUCCUCCUACUCAAACUGUUAAGAAAGACAAAAAUAAAAAUGCAUUUCUAGAUGACUUGCCAAUUUAUUCAGGUUACAUAGUUCUUGGUAUAAUUUUCAUUUUUUUCUUGAUAUUCAAGUUGUUAAGAAAAUUCAGGACCAAAGACAAAGAAAAAGUAUUAAACCAUGUUGAAAAGAAGGACAUGUCACAAGACACUAGUUUUGUUGUUGGUGGUGAAAAGCUUAGUGAGAUAUUGAAUUCCAAUGGAUCAAAGAGUUGGUUUAAUGGCCUAGGGAUUAAAUCGGAAUAUUCUAUGACCUCUAUGGAAAGCGGAGUGACUACAUCAGGUCUUGUUCUUCUUUCAAGUAGAAAGCUUAGGGGAUUGCAGUUCGAGGAUUUGUUAAGUGCUCCCGCUGAAUUGAUUAGGAGAGGAAAACACGGAAGCCUCUACAAGGUUAUGCUAGAUUAUGGGGUGCUUUUGGCUGUUAAGAGGAUCAAGGAUUGGGGAAUCUCAAAGCAUGAUUUUGAGAGAAGGAUGAACUUGAUAACUCAAGUGAAGCAUCCUCUUGUAAUGUCACCUGUUGCGUACUAUUGCUCUCAGCAAGAGAAGCUUCUGGCUUAUGAAUAUCUUCCAAAUGGUAGCCUCUUCAUGUUGCUCUAUGGAUCUCAAAGUGGACACUCUCUUGACUGGAGGAGCAGACUAGAUGUUGCUGUAAAGAUAGCUGAAGCUUUGGCCUAUAUGCAUUUGGAGCUUGGUGAGAGUGGAAUAGCACAUGGUAACUUAAAAUCUAGUAACAUUCUGUUUAACAAGAAUAUGGAUCCGCAAAUAAGCGAAUAUGGCCUAAUGGUGGCUGAAAACCAAGGAGUCAUUUCUCAUCAUAGAAAAAGCCUCAGAAACAGAAAUAUGUCUCCAGCGGCCACCUUCAGAGCUGAUAUAUAUGCAUUUGGUGUCAUACUUCUCGAACUCCUGACGGGGAAGGUAGUUAAAAAUGAUGGAUUUGAUCUAGUUAAAUGGGUGAAUUCAGUGAUCAGUGAGGAAUGGACGGCAGAAGUUUUUGACCGGUCCUUAAUCUCACAAGGUGCUUCGGAAGAGAGGAUGGUGAACUUGUUGCAGGUGGCAUUGAAAUGCAUAAAUCCUUCUCCAAAUGAUAGGCUAAAUAUGAGUCAAGUGGCACUCAUCACAAAUGCGUUGAAAGACGAAGACGACAAAUCCAUAUCUUUUGACACAUGA